CGAUACUAUUGAUAGUAUCCCAGCUCUAAUUUGCGUUGUUAUUUAACUUCCAUCAAAUAUACUGAAUUCGUGACGGUCCUUUUUGAAAUGGGUUUGUUUACCAAAGCUGAAGCGGGGGCGCCAGAAGAGGAUCCAGUUGAGGUCACGAAGGCAACAUCUUCAGGGUCAACAAAUGAUGAUGGUGUAAGUAAUAACAGCAAAACCAAAGAAUGGGGUUAUGACUUGUAUCCUGAAAGAAGAGGUGAGACAUUUAAGCGCAGUGGAACGGGUAUUUCCAAAAUGCUACGCCGAUCUAGAGCCUAUAGGUCGUCGAAUACGACGCAACUCUCCCGAUCAACAUAGAGCUUACAUGGAAGGACCAAUGUACGGAUAUGAUGUAUAGCGGGUGUAUACUGAUAUCCACAUGAUUUUUGUAUAAUUUAUACGGUUGAAAAAGUUCUGAAGAUCUAAUAUUUAAUAAGUUAAUGGCCUAUAUUAGGGAUAUACGUUUGUACUAAAGGGCUGCAUGAAUGCACGAACAACAAACUGAUUCACUCACAACAAAUUUAAGCAUGCAUACAUUCACGCCGCUAGGAGAACAAAUCUCGUGUCUGGGUAAGAAAAAGACAGAAUCUCAUGAAUCAGAACAACAAUGAGUUCGCUCAACUCAGCAUUCUCACAAGCAAUGAUCCACCCUCGGCAUAAUUCCUUAACCUAAGCUUGGGUUGGUGUGAAUUAAUUCUUCCCAGAAGGAGGUCAGUUCAAAAUGGCUCCUCGACGAGUAUGGUCGCGCUGACCUGUCGAGUUUUUAUAAAGCAAAUAUUAAAUUAAAAUACACACAAAAAUGAUAUCGUUUCCUUA